AUGUCGUUCGCUCUUAACCCUAACCCGCCGCGGUCGCAGUCCGUCGUCAGCCAUAAUCUCAGCGAAGAGCGAGUCAUCAGCCACUCGUUCAGCGAGGAGCAUGUCACGAGCACGCAGGAUGUCAGCAGGGAAUCAUAUCUGGAGAAGAGCGAAGAUGACGAGACCCUCCAGGAACGGGAGGAGAAGGUUGAGGCCGAAGUGAGCAACCUCGCCCGCCAACUGACGCGCCAAUCCACGCGGUUUUCCACCAAGGGCGCCCUCUCCAACCCAUUCGUGAACGAGGACCCGGAAUCGACUAUCAACCCGCAGAGUCCCAAUUUCCGAGCCCGGGACUGGAUCAAAAUGCUGCUGGAAGUCCGUUCUCAGGACCCCGUAAAGUACCCGGAUCGCAAGUCGGGUCUUUCCUUCCGUAACUUGAGCGUCCACGGCUUUGGCUCGCCAACCGAUUACCAAAAGGACGUUUUGAACUCUCUGCUGGAGGUUGGCACUCUAGUCCGUCGGCUUGCCGGAGGCAAGAGAAACAAAAUCCAAAUUCUUCGCGAUUUCGAUGGUUUGAUUAGGAGCGGUGAGAUGCUGGUCGUGCUGGGAAGACCAGGAAGUGGAUGUUCCACGUUCCUGAAGACCAUUGCCGGAGAAAUGGGUGGUAUUAAUAUUUCAAAAGACUCGGUGUUGAACUACCGAGGUAUCCCUGUCAAGGAAAUGCACAAGAACUUCAGAGGUGAAGCCAUCUACACGGCUGAGACCGAUGUUCACUUCCCCCAGCUGUCCGUCGGCGACACAUUGAAGUUCGCUGCUCUUGCGAGAGCUCCCCGCAACCGCCUGGAUGGAGUCACUCGCGACCAAUACGCCGAGCACAUGAGAGACGUUGUCAUGGCGAUGCUCGGUCUUUCACAUACUAUCAACACUCGUGUUGGAAACGACUUUGUCCGUGGUGUCAGUGGUGGUGAGCGUAAGCGUGUCAGUAUCGCCGAGGCCACCUUGAGCCAGGCUCCUCUUCAGUGCUGGGAUAACAGCACACGAGGUCUCGACAGUGCCAACGCCUUGGAGUUCUGUAAGAACCUGAGUCUCAUGGCCAAAUACGCGUCCACCAGCGCUUGUGUAGCUAUCUACCAAGCUUCUCAAAGUGCCUAUGAUCUCUUCGAUAAGGUAACCGUGCUUUACGAAGGAAGACAAAUAUAUUUUGGCCCAGCGGACGAGGCCAAGCAGUUCUUUGUUGACAUGGGAUUCGAGUGCCCUGACCGACAGACCACUGCUGAUUUCCUCACGUCACUUACCAGUCCCUUGGAGCGCAGGGUUCGCCCUGGCUACGAGGGCCGUGUUCCUCAAACCCCCGACGAGUUUGCUUCGGUGUGGAAGUCCAGCGAAGCCCACGCGCAAUUGAUGCGGGAAAUUGAAGAAUUCGAGCAGGAACACCCUCUCGGGGGUGCCUCGCGCGAUGCCUUCAUUGACGCUCGCAGGGCCAUGCAAUCAAAACGGCAACGUGCCAUGUCUCCAUACACGAUUUCCGUGUGGGAGCAAAUUGCGCUUUGCACCCAUCGUGGCUUCCAACGUCUCAAGGGAGAUUCCAGUCUUACAGUCAGUGCCUUGAUUGGUAACUUCUGUAUCGCUUUAAUCGUUGCAUCUGUCUUCUACAACCUUGAGGUUAACACGCAAAGUUUCUACUCACGUGGAGCUUUGCUUUUCUACGCCGUGCUUCUCAGUGCCUUCUCCAGUGCCCUUGAGAUUUUGACCCUUUAUGCGCAACGUCCUAUCGUGGAGAAACAAGCCCGAUAUGCCUUUUAUCAUCCAUUCACCGAGGCUAUUGCAUCUAUGCUCUGUGAUACACCCUACAAGAUUAUCAACUCGUUUACCUUCAACCUUCCACUCUAUUUCAUGACCAACCUGCGCCGCACUGCAGACGCCUGGUGGACGUUUUGGCUUUUCUCCGUUGUUACCACAUUCACCAUGUCUAUGAUCUUCAGAACCAUGGCUGCAACGUCUCGGUCUCUGUCACAAGCUCUCGUUCCUGCUGCUAUUUUGAUCCUUGGAAUGGUUAUCUACACUGGAUUCGUCAUCCCGACGAAGGAUAUGCUAGGCUGGUCUCGUUGGAUGAAUUACAUCAACCCCAUCGCGUACUCAUUCGAGAGUCUUCUGGUCAACGAAUUCGCCGAUCGUCUAUUUGCGUGCUCCCUCAUCGUGCCUUCGGACAGCACGUCUUCGGAUAGCAACUACAACUCCAUUUCGAUGCAGUACAGAAGCUGCGCCGUGACAGGUGCUGCCCCCGGAGCCACUGAGGUACAGGGAUCGGACUAUCUCGCAGAGAGCUUUGCCUACGUCAAAUCCCAUGAAUGGAGAAAUCUUGGAAUCUUGUUUGCCUUUAUGGCUUUCUUCGCGUUCACCUACCUUGCUUCCACUGAGUACAUCUCGGAGCAGAAAUCAAAGGGCGAGGUUCUCCUGUUCCGUCGAGGUCACAAGGCGUCCAACCUCGCUUUCCCAGGCAGUUCUUCUGAUCUGGAGUCAUCUGUUGAUGCUAAGGCCUCUCGUAUUGAUGGUGAGAAGGUUGUAACUCCCGCGUCCGGAAAUGUCGACUCCUCCGCUCCUUCAACAACAGCUCCUGCAGCGGCGGCCGCACAGAUCCAGCGUCAAACUGCUAUCUUCCAGUGGCAGGAUGUUUGUUAUGAUAUCAAGAUCAAGGGAGAACCUAGACGUAUUCUUGACCAUGUCGAUGGUUGGGUUAAGCCCGGUACCUGUACAGCUUUGAUGGGUGUCUCUGGAGCCGGUAAAACGACCUUGCUUGAUGUCCUGGCUACGCGUGUUACAAUGGGUGUCGUGACUGGAGAAAUGCUUGUGGAUGGACGACCAAGAGACAUGUCCUUCCAGCGGAAAACAGGUUAUGUGCAACAGCAGGACGUUCAUCUGGCUACUUCUACCGUUCGUGAAGCUCUUCAAUUCAGUGCCUUGUUACGUCAACCCGCACAUCUGUCUCGCAAGGAGAAACUGGACUACGUUGACGAGGUCAUCCGUCUUCUCGGCAUGGAGGCCUAUGCUGAUGCCAUUGUUGGUGUGCCCGGAGAAGGAUUGAACGUCGAGCAGCGUAAGCGACUGACUAUUGCUGUUGAAUUGGCUGCCAAGCCCCAGCUUCUUCUGUUCUUGGACGAGCCUACCUCUGGUCUCGACAGUCAGACUUCAUGGUCUAUUUUGGAUUUGAUUGAUACCUUGACUCAACAUGGCCAAGCGAUUUUGUGUACUAUUCAUCAGCCCUCGGCCAUGCUGUUCCAGCGAUUCGAUCGUCUGCUCUUCUUGGCCAGGGGCGGAAAGACAAUCUACUUUGGUGAAAUUGGUGAAAAUUCUAAUACUUUGUCGAGCUACUUUGAACGCAACGGCGCCACACCCUUGGCUGCCGGCGAGAAUCCAGCAGAAUGGAUGCUGGAGGUCAUUGGAGCAGCGCCCGGAUCGCAUACUGAUAUUGAUUGGCCCAGUGUCUGGCGACAGAGUCCUGAGCACACCAAAGUCAAGGAGCAUCUUGCCGAACUGAAGUCUACCCUAUCGCUCAAAGAACCAGAGACCAACUCCGAGGAUCCAGGAGCUUUCAGAGAAUACGCCGCACCAUUCUAUGUUCAACUGUGGGAAUGUACCCUCCGAGUAUUCUCACAAUACUACCGCACGCCUGUCUAUAUCUGGUCGAAGGUCGCACUUACUGUCUUGUCAGCCCUGUACAUUGGAUUUUCCUUUUUCCACGCAAAGAAAUCUAUCCAGGGUCUCCAGAACCAGAUGUACAGUGUAUUCAUGUUGAUGACGAUUUUCGGUAACUUGUGUCAACAGAUCAUGCCUCUAUUCGUGACUCAACGCGCUAUCUACGAAGUCCGUGAACGCCCUGCCAAGGUAUACUCCUGGCAAGCGUUCAUGACCGCCAAUAUCUUCGUGGAACUGCCCUGGAACACGCUCAUGUCUGUGUUCAUGUUCGUUUGCUGGUACUACCCCAUCGGUCUGUAUGAGAACGCCAAACCCACCGACUCUGUCAACGAGCGCUCCGGCCUCAUGUUCUUGUUGAUUUGGGUAUUCUUGCUUUUCACCUCCACGUUUGCACACAUGGUCAUUGCUGGAAUCGAAGUUGCCGAAACUGGUGGUAACAUUGCUACCUUGCUGUUCUCUCUCUGCUUGAUUUUCUGCGGUGUCCUCGCCACGCCUCAAGAAAUGCCCGGAUUCUGGAUCUUCAUGUACCGCGUCUCGCCGUUUACGUACCUGGUGCAGUCCAUGUUAUCCACUGGUCUUUCGGGAACCACCGUCACCUGCGCAGCCAAUGAGUACAUCACGUUCAACCCUGCUCCUGGAUUCGCGACGUGCGCGAGCUACAUGCAGGACUACAUCAAUGCCAAUGGUGGCUACUUGAAAGUUCCUGAUGCCACAUCGGACUGCCAGUUCUGCACUAUCUCUGAGACAGACGUCUACCUAGCCUCUGUUGAGUCCUACUUUUCCCAGGCAUGGCGCAACUUUGGGCUGAUGUGGGUAUACAUUGCUUUCAACGUUGCCGGCGCCGUCUUUAUCUACUGGUUGGCUCGUGUGCCCAAGGGCAAGAAGUUUUCUGGCUCGUCUUGA